CGCUAGUGGCAGUAGUCAGCUUAAAGUGGAAUCCACCUACCACUAACAAGAUAUGAAACAGAAGUUUGGAUAGUACACAAUGAAAAUCCCUAGAAGUACAAGCACACUCCGAGAGGACAUGGACUUCAGGUGCUUUGAGUGUGUUCCUGGAUCAUAGGACAAGGGAAUUGCAUAUUUGAGUGGAUUGUUUUGUUUUUGGUUUGUUUGUUUUAUUGAUUGUUUGUUUGUUUGUUUGUUUGUUUUGGACUAUGGGAAAUUACAGACCUAUAGCACUGUUCUUAAAUUAUGUUUACACAUCAAGAGUUGUAGGGAAGCAUUUUAUUACAACGCAAUAACAACGUAACACAUUACAACAAUAGCAUUCAUCAUUGCUGAGUAUGCAUUAGUUGGUUCUGUUUACCAUAUUCCUUAGACAAAGUCUUAAACUGACUCACUCUCUUUCUGUGAACACUGGUUAUGUAGAGCUAAAUCAUUUUAGCAUUUGAUAGAACUGAAAAGGGUCUUUCAUUAUUUAUUAAGGUUACUUAUCUCUAUAAAGCUGUGAUCUCUCUCUUCUAAUCAAACAGUAGGCUAUCAACUUAAUUUCUACCUCAGACUCUCUUAUCCACCAGAACUCCCUUAGUCUCAGUACACCAACUGUAGAGCAAAAUGGAAAACCAUGCUUCAACUACUGUUUCGCCCAACUCGUCCUUCGACCCUUAUCCUAUUAAGCCUGCUAUGGCCCCAUCCGUGCAGUUGGGGUUUACCACACUGUACACCUGCCUGUACGGAGGUCUCUUCAUAAUAGUGUAUGUCCAGCUCUGGCUCCUUUUGCGAUACCGCCAUAAGCGCUGGAGCUACCAGAGCGUUUUCCUCUUUUUAUGCCUCUUCUGGGCAGCCCUGCGCACCACACUUUUUUCCUUCUAUUUUAGUAAUGCUUUAGCAGCCAAUCACCUGCCCACCCCAGUCUACUGGCUGCUUUACUGCUGCCCCGUAUGCUUGCAGUUCUUCACCCUAAGUCUCAUCAACCUGUACUUCACACAGCUCGUGCUGAAAGUGAGGGGGAAGUACAGCUACGAACCAAGCAAAGGACUGUAUGCCGCUCGCUGUGCCUAUGCUGGCAUGAGUGCGCUUUUCCUCUGUGUGAACGUGGUGUGUGCCGCCCUCGGAGAGCGUUGGGCGGCCGGCGACAAGACCUGGACACUGGUGCUCGUGCGGGUCCUGGUCAAUGACUUGCUCUUCAUCGUGGAGGCCAUCUGUCUGGCCGCCAGUCUGCUUAUCCUGACCCGCCUCUCUCCCUCGACCAGUCUCAGCUUGCACAAUAGGGGGACAUCGGUAUGCCAGACUGCUGUACAGGGAGCAGGAGUGAUUUUGUUGUUCUCUAGUAGGGCUUGCUACAAUCUCGCAGUGCUCAUGCUGUCCAAGAAUCACAAAGUGGAAUCCUUUGACUUUGAUUGGUACAACGUCUCAGACCAGGCUGACCUACGCAGCGAGCUUGGCGAUACGGGGUACCUGGUGUUUGGCGCAAUUCUCUUUAUCUGGGAGCUGCUCCCCACCAGUUUGCUCAUUCUCAUAUUCAGAGUUCGCCAGCCUUCACAGGAAGUGAAUUAUACUCCAGCUAUCAGCAGUCAAGGCCCACGUUCCUACUUCUUUGAUGACCCUCGGAGGAUGGACGAUGACCCAGGUGUCCAUUGGGGCCUCAAUCCCCAUAGCAGCUGGUUUGGCACAAGUGAGACUGCGCCCCUUCUCUUUGCCAAUCCCAAUGACCAGACCAACCAGCACCACUCUCUCUACUCCACUCCCCAGAACUGACCAGCGGACACAAAAUAUUCUAGGGUUUCCAAGACCUCCGUCAAGGGGGAGUAUUUGCACUCAAAUUCUUCAGGCACUUCUCUGAGACUACUUGCACCUUCACAUUCCAACCAGACCACUAUUCUGUCAAAGACCAUCAGAGACACCUGAGAUUUCUCUUGAUGAGAUGAGGUCAUCUGGGAUCCAGUAGCUCGCUGGUCUAUAUUAAAGCUAUAGGGAACCAAAAACUGACAGUUUUACCCCUCUCAAAUGUCAGUCAGUCUUAGUUCUUGUGGAUAAAAGGGUAAGUGUCUGUAGAACGUUAAUCAUUCCUCAAGUCACGACAUAAGAUGUGUAACUAAAGUUGUAUGUAUUUUUUAUUAAUACUUCAACCUGUAAAGAUUGUUCUCUAAAUUAUUUUCCUAUGACCCUUACUUUUAAAUACGUAUUUUAGAUAUAAAAAAUAUAUAUUCUUUGAUUCCAGGGGGGAUAAAUGAAAGGGAACAAGGAUUGAUCAGGCAUAUGGUUGCUGUGUAUUAAUAUUUGUUAAUAUGUUGCUCAAUUUAAAAAGGGAACUUGUAAAAGAUGGCAUUAAUAUAUAAAAUACCAUUAAACCAU